ACGUCAAAUUGUAGUCUGGAGGAAGAAGCGAUUGGGAAGAUCUCUUUCCUCAGGUCUCUGCUGCUAGAGGUCGAAAAGCUUACCUGCUUUGAUUUUUUUUAUCUGUCUCCAAAGCUUCCCGCCUGGACAAAGAAGAAUGGAUUCGGGUGGAAAGCAAGUGACAGUUCCGCUGAUGGUAGCGGUAGGAGCAGCUGUUAUUGGAUCAUUACAGUUUGGAUACAACACGGGUGUGAUCAACGCUCCUCAGAAGGUAAUUGAAAAGUUCUAUAAUGACACGUGGAUUCAACGCAACAAUGUAAGCAUCAGUACUGGUACUCUCACGGCACUCUGGUCACUGUCUGUUGCUAUCUUUUCUGUUGGAGGCAUCAUUGGCUCCUUCUCAGUGGGACUCUUCGUGAACCGAUUUGGAAGGCGGAACUCAAUGCUAAUGGUGAACGUUCUCGCUUUCAUUUCUGCUGCCCUCAUGGGGUUUUCAAAGAUGGCACAGUCCUAUGAGAUGCUGAUCAUUGGCCGUUUCCUAGUAGGGAUAUACUCGGGCUUAUCCACUGGAUUUGUGCCCAUGUAUGUUGGCGAGAUUUCACCUACAUCACUCAGAGGUGCACUGGGCACACUCCAUCAGCUGGGAAUUGUUAUUGGGAUCCUGCUAGCUCAGAUCUUUGGAAUUGAAUCCAUCAUGGGAAAUUCUACUUGGUGGCCCUUCCUCUUGGGUUUCACUUUCAUCCCAGCUAUUCUACAAUGUAUCAUACUCCCUCUCUGUCCAGAGAGUCCCCGCUUCCUGCUUAUCAACCGAAAUGAAGAAAACAGGGCCAAGAGUGUCCUUAAAAAGCUGCGUGGCACAACAGAUGUAAGCAGCGACAUGCAAGAGAUGAAGGAAGAGAGCCGGCAGAUGAUGAGAGAAAAGAAAGUGACCAUCAUCGAGCUGUUCCGAUCACCUUUGUACAGACAGCCUAUAGUAGUCGCCAUCAUUCUGCAACUCUCCCAGCAGCUUUCUGGCAUCAAUGCAGUCUUCUACUACUCUACCAGCAUCUUUGAAAAGGCUGGUGUGGCCCAGCCCGUCUAUGCCACCAUUGGUACUGGAGUGGUCAACACUGCCUUCACGGUGGUCUCGCUCUUUGUUGUGGAGCGGGCUGGCCGGAGAACCCUGCACCUUAUUGGCCUCAUGGGCAUGGCCGUGUCUGCUGUUCUUAUGACGAUUGCUUUGGCAUUGCUGGAGAAGCUCGCCUGGAUGUCUUAUGUAAGCAUAGUGGCCAUCUUUGGAUUUGUGGCAUUGUUUGAAAUUGGACCAGGACCAAUUCCAUGGUUUAUCGUAGCAGAGUUAUUCAGUCAGGGGCCUCGUCCUGCUGCUAUUGCUGUGUCAGGCUUCUGCAACUGGACAGCCAACUUCAUUGUGGCCAUGUGCUUUCAGUAUGUUGAGCAAGCAUUAGGCCCCUACGUGUUCAUCAUCUUCACUGUCCUCUUGAUAUUGUUCUUUGUCUUCACCUACUUCAAAGUCCCGGAGACCAAGGGUCGGACAUUUGACGAGAUCUCCGCCGGGUUCCGUCAAGGCGCCGGUUCCAACCCUGCUGAGAAGCACUCGCCGGAAGAGCUCAACAGCCUGGGAGCCGACUCCCAGCUGUAAUCGGCUGCCACCUACUGUAGACUGCAAAACAGACACAGAAGAGCAAAACAAAAAAGUGAGCAGAUGUUUGAUGUCUGUUUUGGAAGUACUCACUGACUGGCAGCAUCACUUUUGCGACAUUUCUCCCGUUUUGUCCUGGAUGCUCACUGAAGUAUGGCGAAAUGGGAACACUUUUCCUGAGUUUUACUUUCCACAUUCCGCCCCUCCCCUCCUCUUCUUUUUAGGAACUCCUGUUGUCACAAGUCCUUUUUUUUUUUUUUUUUUUUUUUUUUUCUCCCUCCCAUGUACUCUUAAUGGCAGAGUGGGUGGGGCCAAGUUUGUGGCAGACUUUAUAUGGAGAUGUGACCAUCAGAGGAUGUCUAGGGGGCACUGCGGAGUGUAGUGUGUAUUUGGUAAGUUUGUAUGUGUGUAUGCCUUUUUACAUUUGACUUGUUUUGAGUGUUUCCGAAUCCGGAGCGCAAGACUACUCUUCACUUUCACAGCUAGACUGACAAUUUUUAUGUGUUUUAAUUUUUAAUUUUUUUUUUUGUUUUGUUAAAGUAAGCAAGUGAAGUUUUUAAUGCUGUAGUUCUUAUUCAGGGUGGCGGUGGUAGAGGGUGGUUAAAAGUCUAGCUUUUGAUUUGUCAUCACCCUGUAUUCCUUCCAUUGCAGUUUUAUUACUGAUAAUUUAGGGGCUGCCUUCUUAAGGAAGUGGUGGGCAUUUUAGUCUACUUACUGCAUGCCCCUCUUCACACCCGAUUCCCUCUACCCCGCCUAAAUCACCAAUGUACAAUACUGUAAAUACUAUGCAGGGGAGCCUUCCCACUAAGUCUAGAAGAGAUUCGUUUAAAUCAGAGGGUAAGAAUAAAGAAAAUUAUUAAGUCACGUAAAUGAUGAGUUCUGGCAGUCAUCCGCAAUGUCCGAGUGCACUGUUUGGUGGUUAGAAGAAAAAUCUAAAGGCACCACUCAACACCCCUCACUUGACCUACAAAUCAGACCUCCCACAAUUCCUAGCCUGGCUUUCCAUUUCUAAACCUCAGACACUUGGUAAUCCAUCCAUCCAUUAUCCAACAUGCAAUAUCCUAACACAGGGUCACGGGGGUCAGCUGGAGCCAAUCCCAGCCAACACAGGGCACAAGGCAGGAAACUAACCCCGGGCAAGGCGCCAGCCCACCGCAGCACUUGUUAAUACAGCUGCUAAUCUUUGCUUAGUACAAAGGGGUAUACGUAGGCCCGUUUCACCGGGCAGCAUCACCGAAGUGACAGGAGGGAGAGGUGAGCAGGAACUUUAAACUCUGUGCCCCAAUGUUGGCAUUCUUGACGUAGACAGGCAGGCCUGUGUAAUGGUCAAUGGGCAGAACGGUUCGUCCCAGUUGUGUACUGUCAUAUUUGUUCCUUUCUUGAUUAGAUUCGGAGGGUCUUUUGUAAAAUGCAGGCAUUGCUUUUCAUAAUGCCGCUUGGUGCCCCUACACACCCCUGAACAGAAUUAAACAUCCCGGCCCACUGACAUUCUUUUUUUAUUUUGGUCAGGCUGUCUGACAUUUGCUGGCAGAGGGGUGACUCUAUAAUUCAGUGGAUCUACGUCCGUCGCUCUGGUUUCACUGGGAGUCCUUCCCUAAGUUGUGACUUCGCUUAAAUCAUCUUGUAACACUUUCACUGGCCAUCCACAAACUUGUUUUCGGAGCACUGAAUUCUGAGCAUUUGCUAGUAGACUAAACAUGGAGGAGAACCUCCAAUACUCACGCCACUUAGACAGCACAAGGGAUAUUCUGGGGUUGUGGGGAUGGAAAGCCAACCGUCACCGCUUGUACCCUUGGAGUGGCUGCCCUCCUCAUGUCUACCUGGUUGUAGACUAAAAGCAAAGAACUGUUCCUAGAAGUGUAAGGGACUAGGAAGCUGACACUUUUUACCUUCUAAUUUCCCCUCCUGAUAUUUUCCUGAGCGAUGUGGGACCAAAUAAGAAUUAAAAAGAUAGUUGAGUAGGAACUCCAGGGGCAGGAUGGGGCUAACCAUCGGCUGAUUAGACUCUUCCUGCAGGGGACUCCCUUAUUUUGCCUUGUAGCCGAUAUGCAAUACCGAAGUAUUUCUCUGCACUUUGCCUGCUUUUUUUUCUUUUUUAUCAAGUAUUUUAU